AUGGCAAUUGCACUUUUUGCAUUCUCUCUCCACAGCCACACACAUACACACAUCUCUCUAUCUAUCUAUCUAUCUAUCUAUCUAUCUAUCUAUCUAUCUACCAUAUCUAUUCACAUCUAUCUAUCUAUCUAUCUAUCUAUCUAUCUAUCUAUCUAUCUAUCUAUCUAUCUAUCCUACUAUCUAUCUAUCUAUCUAUCUAUCUAUCUAUCUAUCUAUCUAUCUAUCUAUCUAUCUAUAUAUAUAUAUCAACUUUGGGGGCGACUGGCAAAAUAUCUAUCUAUCUAUCUAUCUAUAUCUAUCUAUCUAAAAUCUAUCUAUCUAUCUAUCUAUCUAUAUCUAUCUAUCUAUCUAUCUAUCUAUCUAUCUCAUUUCUUCAGUAUUAUUUUCAUAUCUAUCUAUAUCUAUCUAUCUAUCUAUCUAUCUAUCUAUCUAUCUAUCUAUCUCAGUUCGUUCAUAUCUAUCUAUCUAUCUAUCUAUCUCAGUUCGUUUAUAUCUAUCUAUCUAUCUAUCUAUCUAUCUAUCUAUCUAUCAAAGCCUAUCUAUCUAUCUAUCUAUCUAUCUAUCUAUCUAUAUAUAUAUAUAUAUAUAUAUAUAUAUAUAUACCAGUUUCUUCAUAUCUAUCUAUCUAUCUAUCUAUCUAUCUAUCUAUCUAUCUAUCUAUCUAUCUAUCUACCCCAGUUUCUUCAUAUCUAUCUUACUUUUUCAUAUCUAUCUAUCUAUCUAUCUAUCUAUCUAUCUAUCUAUCUAUCUAUCUAUCUAUCUAUCCCAGUUUCUUCAUAUCUUAAUUUUUCAUAUGUAUCUAUCAAUCUAUCUAUCCCAGUUUCUUCAUAUCCAUCUUACUUUUUCAUAUCUAUCUAUCUAUCUAUCUAUCUAUCUAUCUAUCUAUCUAUCUAUCUAUCUAUUAGAUCUUACUUCAUCCGAGAUAGCUUCAUGUUUUUUCUUCUUCUCCACAUAGUCCGCUUUAGUCGACUUUCUUCACUUCUCCUUUCGUUACGGCGGGAAGAAUUCAGAAAGCAGACUUUCGUUAUAAACACGGAUAAAAAAAAAAUCAGAAGUUUAAUUGUCCGAUCUAUAAUUGAAAUGUUAAUGACUUCUUUUAAAAAAAUGGUCGAAAAUACAACAUCCGGAUUUUUCCUCUCGUAUAAGCAAUUUUAUUUCUCAUAA